CUCACCGAUAGCAGAGGUGAAAAUCAUUAUACUAAGGCAACCGAUAUUCAAUUUCCCACUUUUUCUGGCACGACACAGACGGCGAUUAACCUGCACGCGCCGUCGUCGCAAUGACCGAACCCCAAGACCCCUUCUCCUUCUCCUCCUACCCUCCCAUCGACCCCAUCAACUUCGAUCUCAUCGUCAUCGGCACCGCCCUAUCGGAAUCCGUCAUCGCCGCCGCCGCAUCCGCCGUCGGCAAAACCGUCCUCCACCUCGACCCCAACUCCUUCUACGGCAGCCACUUCGCCUCUCUCUCCCUCCACGACCUCACUUCCUACCUCACUUCCCCCCACCACCCUCCCCGCGCCGCCUCCGGCGGCGACUCCGACUACUUCGGUGUCGACCUCGUCCACCAGCACCCGUGCUCCGACGUCGAAAUCGCGUUUUGCGACGAUGAAUCCGAGUCAUUUCUCCGCGAAAAUUCGCGAAAAUUCAACAUCGAUUUGGGAGGUCCGAGGGCGCUGUUCAGCGCGGACAAGGCGAUCAAUCUGUUGAUGAAAUCGGGUGCGUCGCAGUAUAUGGAGUUCAAGGGAAUCGACGAGAGCUUCGUGUACGAGGCGAACGAGGGUUUGGCGAACGUCCCGGAUUCUCGCGGAGCGAUUUUCAGAGACAAGAAGCUUUCGCUGAAGGAGAAGAACCAGUUGAUGAGGUUCUUCAAGCUCGUUCUGAAGCACUUGGACGAUACUCAAGAGGAAAAAAUUUCGGAGGAGGAUCUGGAGAUUCCGUUUGUUAGUUUCUUGGAGAAGAUGAAGUUGCCGCCUAAGAUAAAAUCGAUUCUUUUGUAUGCUAUAGCCAUGGUAGAUUAUGAUCAAGACAAUAAUGAGGUUUGUAAAGAUUUACUUAAAACAAAAGAUGGAAUAGAUUGUUUAGCUCAGUACAGCUCAUCUGUUGGAAGAUUUCCCAAUGCUCCUGGGGCUUUGCUAUAUCCUAUUUAUGGUGAAGGAGAAUUACCACAAGCUUUUUGUCGUCGUGCUGCUGUCAAAGGUUGCAUUUAUGUUCUAAGAAUGCCAGUUAUUUCUCUGCUUAUGGAAAAGGUUACUGGGCUUUAUAAAGGUGUUAGGUUAGCUUCAGGUCAAGAUUUAUAUAGCAACCAACUAAUCCUGGAUCCAUCCUUCACGGUUCCAUCACUGCCAUCUUUGUCUCGAAGAGAUGUUCUCACUGAAAGGCUCCAAAUGUUGAGUCAGAGAGAUAUUAAAGGAAUGGUGGCCAGGGGAAUAUGCAUCACAAAGAGUUCAAUUAAACCAGAUGUAUCAAAUUGCUCAGUGGUGUAUCCUCCUCGAUCUUUGUAUCCUGAACAGGUGACAUCAAUCAAAGCUCUUCAGAUAGGAUCAAAUCUUGCUGUUUGUCCUGCGGGAACCUUUAUUUUAUACUUUUCUACUUUGUGCAAUGAUGCCGAUGAAGGAAAGAAGUUACUAAAAGCAGCCAUGAAUGCUCUUCUUACACUGCCUGUAUCUGAAAACUCUGAAAGUAUUCCGAGUGUCCAAAGUGACAGUGCAGACAUAAAACCAAUUGUGAUCUGGAAUGCAUUUUAUAUUCAGAAAUUAAUUACGAGUAAAUUUGAAUUUAUCAGCUCCACUCCUACACCGGAUGGAAAUCUGAACUACAAUGACCUUUUAGAUGCCACCGAGAAGCUAUUUGGUCAGAUGUACCCCAAUGAAGAAUUCUUUCCAAAGGCAACAUCACCUGAAGAUCCUAAGGAUGAAGAUGAGGAUGAGGAUGAGGAUGAUGAUGGGGAAGAUAGUGGGAUAACUCUGGAGAGCUAAGCAAGGUGAAACUGGGUGGGCAUCUCAUGUCAACUGCAGGAGAAAGGAAUUUGUGAAAGAUUUGUAUAUGCCUCGAAGAAUUGAAGAUGUGGGUUAAAAUUGUUAAUUAUGGACGUAAAAUGUCAUAGUUCCUACUUUUUAGGUGAACAGAUACAAAAAAAGGUCCUCAAGGCAGGAAAAAAAUAGUGGUUACUGAUUCUGAAAUUUUUUGUCAAACAUACACAUGCGGUUUUUGUGCUGUGUAUCCACUUUCGAGCGUUUGUUCGGCAAAGUUGUGACUUGUUCAAGAUACGGGAAAGUGGAAGUUUAACGUUCGCGAAGUACAGCGCUUACGUUCCUACAUCUUCAUCUGCAAUUUGUAUUUUGAAAACUAUUUUGUAUAAUAUUGCAUUAGGACGUAUUUGAAUUUGUUGCAACAUGGACCAACAUGAAUUAUUGUAGGUUGUACGAGCUCACCUAAUUUUAGGGAAAAAAACUUCGCCUUGUAGAACAACAGAACGAAUCAAAUGCAUUUCCUCUUACUAUAA